AUGACCUCGACCGCGGGCCCGAGCGGCCCGACCCCUGUCUCAACAUCUUUACCUGCCUCUCCUACUUCCACUUUUCCACAAACAGCCACUUCGGCUACCACCGCGUGCACGACCACUGGCACGAUCAACCCCCUCGCCCUGCGGGUUGAGGAGCGACCUGGGCGUGGGAGGGGCGUGUUCGCGUCCGGCCCCAUCAGGGCUGGGGUUGUGCUUGAGGAAGCGCCAGUGCUGGUUCUUUCCAAGGCACAGUGGGAGGAUGGGCGGAUGGAUGAUACGGUUUUGGGAGAGUAUGGGUUCUGUUGGUCUAAUGGGGGCAUGGCGCUGGGGUUGGGUAUUGCCUCGCUCUUUAACCACUCGUCGAGCCCCAACGUCAACUUUAUCCGCAACUUUGCUACCGGUACCAUUAGCUUUACGACAAGUCGGCCCGUGGAACUCGACGAGGAGCUGUGCAUCUGCUACAGCGCUGACGAGACCAAGUUGUGGUUUCUUCCGAACGGAGAGCGCCCGCGCCCUCAAACGCCCAGCGACGACGGUGACGGGUCGGAACGGCUCGCAGCACUGCAACUCGCUGACGACGACGCCGAACGACAGGCGCGUGAGGACAAGGAACGCGCGCGCGAAACGCGUCGCCAGGCGGGCGGGAAUACACACUCUGCCAAGGAGGCACGGCGUGCAAAGUGGCGUACGAAGCAGGAGAAGAUGAAGAACGGGGACAAGGGCAAGAUUAUCGCGCCACAGCCGGUGCCCGCGGCCAGUGGGAACGGGCUGUUGACCGAGCCUGCCUCCCAGCGCUCACAAGAUUCGGGCCGUACCAUCACAUCGGGCCCCACCACCGUCUUCGCACUGGGAGAGCGGCGGGUAGACCUCCCGGCCCCGCUUCACUCGGACAGCAGCAAGUCGCGGAGUGACAUGCCCGCCGAAGUGCCACAACCGCUCGAAUGGGAUGAAGCCGGGCCAAGUGAGCUCCCCGAUGCACAAUGGGGUGCGUUGCGUCGCGCGCGUGGACCUAUUGAGAUCGAGGAGGAAGCCGAGGACGACAACACUGCUCUGAUUCAAGUGUGGGCGCUCGACGCCACGCCUGGCACAUACAUGAAGGAAGUGUUAGACUUUACCAAGAGGGGCGUUCCGCUAGAUGAGCGUAUGCGCCACCUCAAGCGCGUCCGGCGUAUCACAGACGACGCCGGCGAAGAGCGCGUCCUCGUGGCACUCGCCAUGGCCGACACGACGAAUGAGCAUAAAUUGCGCUCCCUCCUAUCCACCUACGACGAGAUCCUUGGAGCGCUUCCCCUUGUUGUGGUUGACACCCCCCGCUCUGCCGCCAAGACCACCGAGCAGCUAACCGUCCGCAACACGUACUGGCCAGUCCUCUACACUCCCGGCGUGCAGCGCUACAGCGACGCUCGCGGUUUCUCCGGACCCAAGCUCACGUGGGUACGUGCUGGGAUUGAACGCGUGCUCGCCGACGCCCUCGCCGCCAAAGCACGCGGCGAGCUUCCCGUUGCAGUGUACGUUGCGUCACCCCCUGAGUCGCUCUACCCUCAGAGCGACGGCUUCAUACCGCCAACGGACGGACUCGCUGGUGCCGCGGCCGACACACGCACUUCCUGCAACCACCCCCUCCGACACGCGGUGCUGAACGCCAUCGCGUCGGUCGCGCGGCUACGCACAGUCCCGCCCUUCUCCGAGAUCACCCCGUCGCGGAAUGGUGCCGACUACCUCCUCACGAGCAUGAGCUUAUUCGUCACGCACGAACCAUGUGUCAUGUGCGCCAUGGCGCUGCUGCACUCGCGUGUGCGCGAGGUGUUCUUUGUGUUUCCCCGGCCGCGGGCAGGCGGGUUCGAGGGUAGCUUUGGCGUACAUAGCAGGCGCGACCUCAACCACAGGUUUGACGCGUGGCGCUGGACGGGACCGGUCGACGCCGAGGCGUACGCCGUACCGGACAAUGUCGAGAUUUAG